UAUAUUGUCCACUAGAGGUUGGGCCCCAACACGGAUUUCUUUCAUGUCCUAGUACUAAUUGAGCAAGUUACUCAAUUCGUACCCUCAUUAAACUGAAAUUCUGCUUAAGGGGAAGUAUGUUUUUGAAUUACUGGGGAUGUAAAAUUAAAAUCUACGUCGGGCCCAACCUCCAGAGGAUAGUACAUAAGCAAAUGAUGCACGGAAUAGUCUUGGAGCCAAACUAAUGGAAAAAGGGGCAAGAUGGAGAGAGUCUGUGGUUAUUACACUUUCAGUACAUUGGUCUUCUCUCUUACCAUAAAACUUAACAAUGAUAGACUGAUUAUUUAUUGAUUCUGUUGAAUUGAUGAUCUCUAGAUGAAGAAACACGGGUACCAAAAAGUUUUGGCUGAAUUUGUUAAUGUUAUGCAGGUUGCAGAGGCUUUGCCAGUAGAUGAUGCUUCUGUUGAUGCAGUUGUUGGAACACUUGUUCUAUGUUCAGUAAAAGAUGUUGAUAUGACGUUGCAAGAGGUGAGGAGGGUGCUUAAGCCGGGUGGUUUUUUUGUUUUUGUGGAACACGUGGCUGCAAAUGAUGGGACGAUUCAUAGACUCGUCCAGGGGGUUCUUGAUCCGUUGCAGCAGAUGGUUGCUGACGGGUGUCAUCUCACCAGGAAUACAGGAACCAGUAUAGCUAAAGCCGGCUUUUCGGAUCUUGAUAUUAAUCAGGUUGUUUUAUCAACUGCAUCACUAGUAAAUCCCCAUAUCUAUGGAAUAGCUCGCAAGUAGCUCCAAAGUGGCAUUGAUUGUUCAUACAUAUGACUUUAUGCAUAAACGAAUAUUUUGAUGUUUUUCUCUGUUAUCCAAGAGCUUGUCAGUGUUCUACUACCAAUCCAUGUCAGAUGAGCAUAUAAUUACAGAUAGAUGUGCGGAAGACUCGAUUUAUUUACUGUUUUAUCAAAAGUCUGAAAAUUCGUAACGUUUGCUAUGUAAGUGACAUAAUUUUAUAGCAGGUUCAUCUGAAAAAAUUUAGAUCUUAUGCUGUUAUAUGUUAA